AUGGCGUCAGGAUCAAGGACCUCGACGCAGGUGACCUCGGCGAUGAGAGUGUCGGCGAAAGAGGUUAGGGUUUGGGUGAAGAGGAGACAGAGAUCAUGGAUUAGUGGGUUGGGGGUGAAGAGGAGGCAGAGAUAUUGUGGUGUGGUGAAGAAAGCUAGAGGUCCAUUGGCUAUUGUGCAAGAUUUUGGUAAAAUGCUUGAUAAAGGUUCAGAUGAGUGUCGUGCUGCAUUAUCACAUCUAAGAGGAAAUCAGUCUUCCCAAGUGCUUCAUGUUCUUACUCCUCUUACGGUUCUCUCGCUUUUCAAAAAGAUGCUUGAUGAGGAUUGUGAAUUGUUGAAUCUUUAUGAUAGGCCAGAAAAGCUUAUUGUGACAGACGUAGCGAUACCACCUUUAGCUAUACGCCCUUCUGCUUUUGUUGAUUUUGGAAGAUCAAGCAAUGAGGACAGCCUUACUAGCAUUUUGAGGCUUAUAAUUAACACAAAUUCUUUUCUUCGGGAGGAACUUGAAGGUUCUGGCUAUUUAUUCAAAUGUUGGGAAAUCUGGGCUCACCUUCAAACUCAGGUUGUUGAAUAUAUUAAUAGUGAAGCACCUUCUCUCACUGAGUCAAAGCAUCGUGGUCUUAUACAACGGCUUAAAGGAAAGCAAGGACGUUUUCGUGGCAACUUAUCGGGGAAACGUGUUGAAUAUACUGCACGGACGGUCAUUUCUCCUGAUCCAAAUUUGAAAAUCACAGAGGUUGCAAUUCCUAUAUUAGUAGCCAAGGUGCUAACCUUCCCAGAAAGAGUUUCUUGUCACAACAUAGAGAAACUAAGACAAUGUGUUCGGAAUGGUCCAUUCAAAUAUCCAGGUGCCAAUUUUGUUGUGCUUCUGGAUGGUACAAGGCUGCACUUGAAGUAUGGUGAGAAGAAAAAUGUUGCUGCUGAACUGAAAUAUGGCUAUAUUGUGGAAAGGCAUCUGGAAGAUGGAGAUGUGGUUCUAUUUAACAGACAACCAAGCUUACAUCGAAUGUCAAUUAUGGCUCACAGGGCAAGGAUAAUGCCAUGGAGGACAUUGAGGUUCAACGAGUCUGUUUGUAAUCCGUAUAACGCUGAUUUUGAUGGUGAUGAGAUGAAUUUACAUGUUCCUCAAACAGAAGAAGCUCGUACAGAAGCUCUCAUGCUUAUGGGGGUGCAAAACAAUCUGUGUACACCAAAGAAUGGGGAAAUACUAGUGGCUUCAACACAAGAUUUCUUGACCUCAUCUUAUCUCAUCACAAGAAAGGACACCUUUUAUGACCGUGCUACCUUCUGUCUUUUGUGCUCAUAUAUGGGUGAUGGAAUGGAAUCAAUUGACAUACCAACGCUAGCUUUAAUCAAGCCUGUUGAACUUUGGACUGGAAAGCAGCUCUUCAGUGUUCUUGUACGGCCUAAUGCAAAUACAAGAGUCUAUUUGAAUUUUACUGUCAAAGAAAAAAUCUUCAGUAAACUUGAUAGAGUUUGCCUGACAAUGUGUCCACGAGAUGGCUAUGUCUAUUUUCGGAACAGUGAACUCAUAUGUGGGCAACUUGGGAAAGCUACCCUAGAAGUCCAUGUUAGUGCAUCCAAGAACCUGAAAUUGGGAGGAUGCUUGCAAGUUGCUAAAGAAAUUGGAAAGAGGAAUUAA